UUGCAAAACAAGAAGUGGACACUUUUAUUGCCAGCAAAAAAAAUAUUUUGCACGAAUAUCAGCUCAAUGGAUUUGAUAUAACUUACACUACUGAACCAGAUUCGAUCUAAUCAGUCGAAUUGAAGAAUUCAUAGAGACAACAUUAUGAAGUGGCUCAUAGUUCCGCUUAUGUUUUUAUCCAUUGGAUUGGUUGUUGGGCACCCAGAUAAUGGAAAUAAUGAUUUAACACAUCCGAAAAUAAACAAAAAUAAGUUUGCUCUGGAAUAUCUGAACUAUUACCGGACAGGAGAGAAAUCUUCGUAUCUGAAAAAUGCCCUGAAGUCUAUCACUUUUCCCCAGGAAGCGAGAAUGAAAGAAGCUGACGACAUUUCACCUGAAAAUCAAGAUCCAAUCUGUGAAUUCUGCAACGUCGGCUUACAAGUGAUACUUCUGUAUAUCGCUUUCGGUGCAACGAAUGCUGAAGUUGGUGACCUAGCCUUCCUACUGUGCAUGGAAAUGGAAAUUCAGGAACGACAUGUAUGCCGUGGGCUAAUUGAUGUCCAUAUGGAAACUGUGGGCUUCAUAAUCCGUAGCAAUCCAGCCAUUACAUCCGAACUGAUUUGCGGUAUGGUAUUCCAAGGAUCUGGCUGCGAGAUGAAUGAAAACGAAAUUCCUGAAUGGAGCAUCAACAUCGAUCCGAAUGCUCGACCAAUUAAUGGAUCCAAAAGCCUGAUACCCAGCCCGUCCAAUAGUGAUAUCACUGUCGUUCACAUCACAGACACUCAUUACGAUCCAAAAUAUCAAGCUGGAGCCAGGGCUAAUUGUGGAGCUCUUGCCUGCUGCCGAUUCGAUCAAGGAGUGCCAGAGAAUCCCGAAGACGGUGCAGGCUAUUGGGGAGACUAUCGCGAUUGUGAUUCACCAUGGAUUGCUGUAUUGGACGUUUUCACUCAAAUUAAUCAGACGCAUCCGAACAUAACGUACGUCUAUUAUACCGGCGAUGUUGUGGAUCAUGGAGUAUGGGAGACAUCGCACGAAGGCAAUGCAGCAUCAAUGUCCAAAACAUUUAGCGCUUUAACGGAAUCAUUUCCAAACAUACCAAUUUAUCCGAUCAUUGGCAAUCACGAACCGCAUCCAGUAAAUCAAUUUGCUCCCGACAACAUCAACAGCACGGAAUUGUCGUCCCGUGAAUUUUAUCGUUUCAUAGCUGACGAGUGGAAUGAUUGGUUGCGGGCUGAGGCGCGAAUCACGAUUGAAGAAGACGGUUUCUAUACAGUUCUCGUGCAGGAGGGAUUGCGAAUCAUUGCCAUUAAUAACAAUGACUGCUACACCUACAAUUUUUGGUUGCUGUACAAUGCUAGCUAUCCCGCAAAACAAUUGCAAUGGCUGCAUGACACGUUGUUGGAGGCGGAGUCUAAUAAUGAAAAGGUGCACAUUCUAGCUCAUAUACCAUCCGGUGAAGGUGGUUGUUAUAACACGUGGGCAAGGGAAUACCGUCGAAUCGUUGAUCGAUUCUGGGAUACUAUCAGUGCACAAUUCAAUGGACACACGCACCGUGAUGAAUUUAACGUGUUUUAUGCACGAGAUAGUCCAAAAGAUGCUAUCAAUGUGGGAUGGAAUGGUGGCAGUGCGACACCAUACAGCUUCGUGAAUCCGAAUUAUCGAAUCUACACUGUCGAAACAGAGACUUAUCAAGUUAUCGGCCAUGAGACAUGGAUCUACAAUUUAACCGAGGCCAAUCUGAAUGCAUCGUCGAGUCCGAACUGGUUCCGUGAAUAUUCGUUCAUUGACGCGUACAACGUAACUGACCUCAGUCCAGCUUCGUUGGACGAACUAAUGACAUCGUUUGCCACGGAUCCGGAUCUGAUUUCUCUGUAUUGGAUGCAUAAAGUGAAAAUGGGCGAUCCGUCGCUGGAAGAGGGUUGCGAAAAUGAAUGUCUGUUGAAACAUUUGACCGAAAUCGUUACGACAGAGUUUGGAGCAGAAAAUCCACGUCGCGAUGAACUGGUCGAAUUGUUUUGGACUGCGGUAGGUGAUGAUUCGAAAUAAACGGAAAUUUUCGGUUUGA